AAACAGUGCUGGAGCUCGUGAGCCUCAAAAGUGGGCAAACUUUUUACGAGCAGAGUAAAGUUGACCAGGAGGUCUGUUUAGUAAACUAGCAGCAGGAGGAGAAGAAACGGAAAAGCUGGGAGUCGCGCACAUUUUUACUAGUCACAUUUUCUGUGUUUAUUUGGGCACUUUUUUACGUGGUGUUGCGUUAAAACCCGAUUUUUAGCGCUCUGAUUCUGUUGGAAAUAACUGCUUUUGGGAUUCACUUGAAGCAAAAAUGGAAGGUUUCCACUGAGGGAGAUUUUUUGGUGGAUUUGGGAUGAUGGUUUUGUUGCACCAAGGGCUCCUGUAGAUACUCAGAAUUUACCCAGCUUGUGUGCAGUCUCAGCGGAGAGUGGGCUCACCAUGGGUCCCCUCACUACACCUAAAAAAGGAAGGGAAGUGGGUUCGGUUGACCCCUGGACUCCAACCUCCAACCUCAAAAUGCUCAUCAGUGCCGCUAGUCCAGAGAUCAGGAACAGAGAGAAGGAGCUGUGCAUGGACAACGACGGACGGGAAGAGCUCGACCCAAUACAGGACUUAGACAAUGGAGAAGAGUCAGAGAAAAUGAUCAGCAGAAAAGAGAAGAGUCUGGGAUUGCUUUGUCAUAAAUUCCUUGCCCGUUACCCAGAUUACCCCAACCCGACCAUCAACAACGACAUCUGCCUCGAUGAUGUGGCCACUGAGCUCAAUGUGGAGCGCCGUCGCAUCUACGACAUCAUGAAUGUUCUGGAGAGUCUCCACAUGGUGAGUCGGGCGGCCAAGAACCGCUACACGUGGCACGGCCGCACCAAACUGGCCCAGACUCUGGCCAUUUUGAAGCAGGUGGGCCAAGACCACAGGUACGGCCAGCAGAUGCAGCAGAUCCGGCAGCGUCUCCUGGACAAAGAGUUCGACUUCGACGGGGAGGACCGAGAGAACGAGGUGAUGAUUGACUUGGAGGGCAGCGAGAUGGGACAGAAGGAGCUGUUCUUCGUGGAGCUGCCAGGAGUCGAGUUCAAAGCAGCCUCUGUUAACAGCAGGAAGGACAAAUCUCUGCGGGUGAUGAGCCAGAAGUUUGUGAUGCUGUUUCUGGUUUCGAAUCCUCGUGUGGUCAGCCUGGAUGUCGCUGCCAAGAUCCUGAUUGGAGAGGAUCAGGUGGCAGAUCAAGACAAGAACAAGUUCAAGACCAAAGUGCGGCGGCUGUACGAUAUCGCUAAUGUGCUGCGAAGCCUGAAGCUCAUUGAGAAAGUCCACGUGACGGAGGAGAGAGGGAGGAAGCCGGCCUUCGAAUGGGUCGGCCCCGAAGAAUUUCCCCAAGUUGAAGACUCUGCAGCUUCCACAUCUGAAUGUCCAUCCAAGAAGAAAAGCGUUCUGGAAUCUCGUGCGUCUCUUGACAAUUGUGCCAAAAACCUCUUUUCAUCGCCCGAGAAUAAGCGCAGCUUCACCCGGCAUCCCUCCCUCAUAAAACUCGCCAAGAGCAUUCAGGAUGACCGACGCAAGAUCAACUCAGCCCCCAGCAGUCCUGUGAAGAGUGUGUUCAGUGAUUCAUCGAACAGUGACUUCCCAAACAAAAUGGCCCAACUUGCUGCUAUUUGUAAGAUCAAACUUGACCAGGAGACAACGACUGAAGAUCCAAAGCCUGCUGCAGCGGAGGCAGACGUAGCUGCUACGAUGUUACAACCAACCACUUCUACUUCAGUGGAACCACCUCAGCCCCCCGUACUAAGCCCGACCCAGGAGCCUGGACUCGACACCAACGCCCACCCAGCUCCACACACCUCGCUGGCAGCUCCGCCCACCGGCCCCGUCACCUACAUCCCUGCUCAGUGUUCCCCCCUGAUCCCCGUCCUGUUGCCCCAGCAGCGAGGCAGCGGGCCCUAUGCCGUGUAUCUGCACCCUUCCUCCCUCAGGCCGAACCCUCUGGCCAGGCCUCAGCCCACCAGCCUUGCCGUGCGCUCCAUGACCUUCGAGGAUAAAACCGGGCAGAGUCCCACCGGCCAGUCUGCAGCUAAGAGCCAGCUGGUCUCCAGAGCGUCUGAUGUCAGUCCUCUGGCGCUCAAACGGCUGCGUUCAGAUUCAGCCUCAGAGGGCAGCCCCUCCAAAGCCAGGAGGUCUGACCCCAACUUUAAGGAUACGUCUCCAAAACUCUGUGAGAUCCUUCAGGCCCGUCUGAAGGCCCGUCGUGGAAGUCAGCUCACCCAUCGGCCUUCCCCUCGAGCGCUCCACCUGGACCCAGAGUUCAUCAACACCCCCGGCGGUGCUGCAGCCAGUCAGCCGCUGGAGCAGAGUUUGGAGGUUUUACUGGACAAAGAGGACAAGACGGCGAACUCUGACAAGGAGGGAGGACUAACACCGGUCAGAGCUGUUCCUCUCACACCUGGACAGCUUCACACUGAGACGUUAGUGCCAGCCGGAUACUUAAUCCCAAUCUCCCAGCAGUCUCUCAUCAGCUACAAGGAGGGUCAGGCUUCAGGAGGAGAAACUAACAAGGCCUCAACUCCCACUUACAACAUCUACAAAACACCAACUGCAGGCUCCAGACCUGUCCAUGCCCAGGAGAUUACACCCACCAACGUGCGUUUUCACCGACCUGCCGCCUCUCCUCACGCCACCCAGCAGCCCCACCACCUCCACAGUCCCAGCCCGGCCAUCAUGAACUUCACCCUGCAGAACCUGGGUCUGAUCUCCAGCCCGGGCAGCGCCUUCGUUACCUCCCAGACUCCAGAACGCAGCAACACUCUGCCCAGUCCUCUGACUCUGCAGCAGAGAGGGAUGGUCUUCAUCAAACCUGUGUCCCCUGUUCCUAUCCAGCAGGCGGCGUCUCCGCACUCAGUGGCUCUGAUCAGUUUACAGCAGCCUCUGAUGACGACCCCCAAAGGGACCGGACUCCCUCAGCACAGCUUCUUCCACACGCCGGUCCCCCUCUCGCCUCUGGCUGCCUUGGUAACCACUGGAGGACAGCAAGCCGCCAAAACUGUUUACAUCCCUCAGAGGAAGCUGGACGUGACGCCCGAGGACUCCUGAAGGAAGCCCUCUGUCGUUAUGUUGUGUGUUGGUGGGUGGGUGGGUGUCGCUCUUUUUUUUUUUUUUUUUUUUUCCCCUGGUCUGUUAAGCAUUUUUCAAUAUUCAUUACCUCUGAACAUUUCACUGCCUUCACUCUCAUCACAGCCGCCUCUAAAAAUAGCUGCCAUGCGGAAAUUUGACUUAAAGGCAAGUUCAGCAAACUCAUGAACACUAUUGUCAUUUCACCAGGACUAAAUCAGCAUCUAUCUGAUGAAGAAAAUGUGAUUUUCUUGUUUAUUUUAUUUUAUUCUCCCUUCUUCUGUGAAUGAUUUUUAUUUUCCUUCAAAUUACCAAGAGUAGUAAAAGUUACAUCAGUGCUAUAGUAAAACCUGAGAUCACCUUUGCACAUGUGUACAUGGAAACUGUUAGGUGUUUAAGAAUCUGUGAAUAUACAACACAAAUUAGACAUUUUGAGUUUAAUUUAUAAGAAAAUUACCUUCAUAUCUGAUGUCCUAAUAAAUAAAUUUUAAGAUUUUUUAUAAGAACAUCA